CUCGUCCGUGUAACCGGAUACCAGCGCGCGCGCGAGAGAGAGAGCGAGAGAGAGAGAGAGAGGGAGAGAGAGAGACGGAGGUUGAACGCAGGGCAGCAGCGGCCAGGAACAGCAUAAAGGAUGACGCCCGCUCCGCAGAUCACCCCCUGCUCGUGAAGCAGCUCUAAUUCAUUCUGCUCAGGACACCAUCUGGAGCACAAGGAGGGAAUAAGGAAUAAGGCAUCAGGGCGGGGAGCGCGCGCGCGCGGCCGCUGAUCGCUCACGAUGAAGAAGAGCAAUUCGGCCAAACGGGGCCCGCAGGACUCGAACCAGGGCUCCGCGCCGCCGGACAAAGUGGGCUGGAUCCGCAAAUUCUGCGGGAAGGGCAUCUUCAGGGAGAUCUGGAAGAGCCGCUACGUGGUGCUGAAGGGAGACCAGCUCUUCAUCUCGGAGAAGGAGGUGAAGGAUGAGAAGAAAAUUCCGGAGGUGGUCGAUCUGACCGACUACGAGCGGUCGGAGGAGCUGCGUAAGUCCAAGAGCCGCAGCAAGAAGAACCACAGCAAGUUUACCCUGCUGCGCUCGCGACAGCCUGGGAACACGGUGCCCAAUCUGGUGUUCCUGGCCGUCAGCCCCGAGGAGAAGGAGUCCUGGAUCAACGCUUUGAAUGGCGCCAUCACCAGAGCCAAGAACCGCAUCCUGGACGAGGUCACCGUGGAGGAGGACAGCCUCCUGGCCCACCUGACCCGUGACCGCGCCAGGAUCCCGCGCACGCGACGCCUGCCCACCCGCGGACAUCUCAUGGCUGUGGCGUCCACCUCCACGUCGGACGGUAUGCUGACUCUGGACCUCAUCCAGGAGGAGGACAGCUGCGAGAGUAGCUUCCGGGUUGACCUUGACAAGUCCGUGGGGCUGCUGACGUCGGGCCGCCGGCGCUCCGAGGGCGAUGGCGCCGGCCCCCCGCAAGCACUGUUGCCUUCGGAGGCAACGGGCAAGUCGGAGAGCCUGCCUCGUGGGAGCACGGCACCCUGGGAGGGGCGUGCUCGAACCCCCGAGAAGAGCCGCUGCGCCUCCAUGGAUGAGAUCCUUUCCCAGGCGGCCACCACGUCCCGACUGCAGGAGCUCAUCUCCGAGAAGUUGGAGCGGACUCGUGAGCUGCUCGCCGAGGCCCAGGUGACGGGGCCCCCGGGCGGCGACUCGGACUCGGAUUCCGGGGGCGGCCGCGGCGAGGCGGAGCGGCUGCUGCAGGAGGCGGCCUCCGCCUGGGGUCAGGCCCGCCAGGUGCUGGAGGAAGUGAAGGGGCUCCAGGAGCUAUAUCGGCAGCUGGACCGCAGCCUCGCCGCGCCACCAUCGCCCUCGCAGUCAGCCGAGAACCGCAACGGUAUGAUGUGACGCUGGGGGCGGGAUCGAACCGGACACAAAAAGGGUGACGCCCCGCAGGAGGACCAUGUAAAGGGAGAGAGAGAAAAGGAGGAAGAGGAACGUGAGGAGGGCUCCGAAAACGGACCGCCAAGCCAUUCUGGCCUCAACCCCCUGCCGCUGCUGGUGACGUGCAGCUGUGUGCGUGUGUGUGAGUGAGUGUUUGUCAGGAUCCGACAGCCCUGCGGAGGGUCAUCUGUACACCUCGUUCUGUUGAAUUCCACCGGGGCCGUCCCUACCCCCCGUCCCCACCCCAUCCCCCUCUACACGCAGGACGGAGGCUGAGCGGACCCCGGUUUCCGUCCCGGCGCGCGGGUAGGCGGAUGAGCAGAGUGGGUCGACCGCUGGUGUUGCCAAGGCGACGGGUCUCUGCUCGGCUGCUCGCUGGAACGUGAAUGUUUUCCUUUCAUGUUUCAUAACGGGCGUCGUCCACUCCGCGGCUGUCCUCUUCCACAUCUGCAGGAAUGUGAGUCUCGACUGGACUGGGGCCAAAGCUGAGAUGCUCUUUUUUCCCGCUCAUUAAACGCGCAACAUCUGCCGCCUCUUGCUCGGACGCCGGUCCGACAGUCCUGGGUUCGGCCGUGGAAACGCUAAUGACUUGCACGCGGGCGGCUGUCGUGACGAGAUGCGCGAACGGAAAGGGGCUUUGAUUUGUGUUGACAUUUUCCUGUUCGGUUUCUCAGCCGAGUGGACGUGGGCUCGGCGAUGUGCCGUUUCCGUGCUCAUUACCGUGGUGCUUCGGCUGCAGCGGGAAAGCAAAGCCGGAAAGUCCACGCUAAGCCCCUUAUUAUGCUUGGCAAUUUGAAUGUGGAGAAAACGAAGGCAGCGAUGCCACUUGGUCCGCCAUCUCGAUGUCCAACUGGAGUGUAAUUGAGGAAAUUAAAUUAAAUAAAAAUAAAACUGGACAGCAAAGGGGGUUUGAGGGUUGCAGAUUCCGGCCGAUGGGCACUGUACUUUUAGAAGGAAUUCACAGCCUUCUCAUCAUGAAGAGACAACAUCUUUAACCUCCGAUGGGCCAGACACGCAAAGAGCAGCCACACCAAAACACGGUAACAAGAGUCAUGUACAUCAGAGCACAUUUGCAAGAGUGACCAACAGCAGUGGCUCUUUGCCGCGUUUCGCUGUGGACCCCAUUGGUCACAAAGUCCACACAGGGACUCGAGCUCAUUGAAUGCCCUGCUGCAUGGUGGGUAAUUGUCCCAGGGGACGGCAGUGGUGCACACCAGCAAAGCGGGUCUGAAUGUGCGGUGCCUUGCCAUAACGCCUCCGCCUUCCUCCGCAGUCCUGUGUUUUUCCUUUGUUUGCACUGCGCAGGGCUCUCAGUCACUGGUCCGCCUUACCAACACGGUACGAAACACGGUUUUGUCUUUUUCGGAGGCAUUUUCUCCAUUAGGAGUGUUAAAAAAACAUUCUGACGACUGCAUUGCCUCCUCGACUUGUGAACACACACCGGUCUUCGUAUCGCAUUUUGUUUGGAACUCCAAAGUCACUUUUACGAGUGAGUUACAAUCAGUAAACGCUCAAUAAUACAGACGUCCCUCCGUUUCUUUACAGGAUCUGUUCUGUAAAACCUUGUGCAUAGCUGUAAUAAAUAAAAAAACACAUUGACUUUUUAACCCUUAUUAACUUUG